AUGCACACCUUGAUUCGUCGAGAGGCUCGACAGUGGCUGCGGCAAGCCCGCAGCUUCGCUGCGGCCGCCCCGGCCGCCGAAGCGAAGUCAGCAGCCACCUUGGGGAAGGUCUCCCAGGUCAUCGGGGCCGUGGUGGAUGUCCAGUUUGACACGGCCCUGCCUCCCAUCCUCAAUGCGCUGGAAGUGCAAGGUUUUGAGCAUCGCCUCGUGCUGGAGGUGGCCCAGCACCUGGGAGAGAACAUGGUGCGCACCAUUGCCAUGGAUGGUACAGACGGCCUGACCCGCGGCCAGUUAGUAGAGGACACCGGUGCCCCGAUCACGGUGCCGGUGGGUGAGCAGACUCUGGGACGGAUCAUUAACAUCAUCGGUGAGCCCAUUGACGAGCUCGGCCCCAUCGAUACCAAGAAGUUCUAUGCCAUUCACAGGCCCACGCCGACGUUCACCGAGAUGAACACGACGGCCCAGCAGCUUCUCACUGGGAUCAAGGUUGUGGACCUGUUGGCACCCUACGCCAAGGGAGGAAAGAUCGGGCUUUUCGGCGGUGCCGGUGUGGGCAAGACGGUUGUGAUCAUGGAGCUGAUUCACAACAUUGCGCUCAAGCACGGUGGCUACAGCGUCUUCGCUGGAGUGGGUGAGCGCACUCGUGAGGGCAACGACCUGUAUCACGAGAUGAUGGCCAGUGGUGUCAUCAAGAAGGACAAGGCGCCUGGCUCCAAGGCCGCGCUGGUGUACGGCCAGAUGAACGAGCCCCCUGGAGCCCGGGCCCGCGUGGCCUUGACUGGGCUCACCGUAGCGGAGUACUUCCGCGACGAGGAGGGCCAGGACGUGCUGCUGUUCGUUGACAACAUCUUCCGCUUCACUCAAGCAGGAUCCGAGGUGUCGGCCCUUUUGGGUCGUAUUCCCAGCGCUGUGGGCUAUCAGCCCACCUUGGCAACAGACCUGGCGUCGCUGCAGGAGCGCAUCACCACCACGCAGAAGGGCUCUAUCACCUCCGUGCAGGCUGUCUACGUCCCUGCCGAUGACUUGACCGAUCCUGCUCCUGCCACAACCUUCGCGCACUUGGAUGCCACCACGGUUUUGUCGCGCCAGAUUGCGGAACUUGGAAUCUACCCUGCUGUGGAUCCCCUGGACUCCACGUCGCGAAUGCUUGACCCGUCGAUCGUCGGACAGCGUCACUACGACAUUGCCCGCAGCACGCAGAAGAUUUUGCAGGACUAUAAGUCUCUGCAGGACAUCAUUGCGAUCCUGGGCAUGGAUGAGCUGUCCGAGGAGGACAAGCUGACUGUGGCCCGAGCACGCAAGGUCCAACGUUUCUUGUCCCAGCCCUUCUUUGUGGCUGAGAUCUUCACCGGCACUCCGGGAGCGUUCGUGGAUUUGGAGACCACCAUCAACGACUUCGAGGAGGUCCUGUCUGGAAAUUGCGAUGACAUUCCGGAGGCCGCAUUUUACAUGAUCGGCGGCAUGGCGGAUGUGAAGGAGAAGGCUGCCAAGCUUGCUGCCGUGGCAGCUGGCAAGUGA